GGUACGCGACAGUGGGCGCCCUCGACUGCUUCGGGCAACGUCGCUCCCUCUCUAUACCCUCCCACCCCUCGCUGUUCCAGUCCAGCCAAAAUGCCAGACAUGUCGCAGCUUACCGACAGCAGCAGCAGCAGCAGCAGCAAUCUUAAUCCCACAGCGUCGCAUGGGCACGUCGCGGGUGCUCAACCGCGGCUCGCGUCCAGUAGCCAGACCCAGAGCCACCAGACGCAGCUGUCCCACGACUCGAGCAACGACUCCCAGGCCACUAACUCCACCUCUAAUGACAACGACCGCGUCUUCACCCCACCCGAGAGUGACAGCGAGAGCAGUCACCGUCAUGGCAACGACAAUUCCUCCAGCCAGGAAUCCCAGCUAAUGCACCUCUCUAACCUCGCCGCUUUGCAGCAGAAAAUCGUCGUAUCGCGGGACGACACCGAAAUCAAUGGGGCACAGUCGAGGAAGAGGAUGGCUGAUGGCGUGGUCAAGCACACGCGACACCACUCCAGUGCCUCGCCGGUGCGAAUGGGCCAUUCGAGGAAUACAAGCAACAUAAGUAUCGCUUCGACUGCGGGGAGCCGCAUUAGUGAGCUCUCGGCCGAGCUGAAGGCAAAACUCUCUUAUGCCAUGGUCAAGGUGAACAACGGUUGGCAAAGUCACUCUAUCGACGAAAUUGAGUCAUUAGCAUCACAAGCCGCUUCGCCGACUUCUAGUACAUCGACAUUACAUGGGAGACACGCCUCAUCAGCAAGUCCACGGGUAGCACUAACUAGGUUCCGACAAACGGCUUCCAACCCGUCCAGUAUGACUACAAGUCCCGUUGUUCAGCAACCCCCAGGACGUAUCCACGAGUCUUAUUGGAGGGAAGGUGGCUCCAAGCUUCCCAGCACGGCAUCUCCCGUCUCACAAAUUCCAACCCUGGCACCACCUGCUCCCAUCCAGCCGCGCCAGGCGUUACCAACCAACCCGCGGCGUAGCUCCAACGCAAAAUACACACCUGCAUACUUAUCACACUCUCACACCUCGUCACCUCAUACCCCAUCACAGCCGAGUCCAUUGCAGAGCACACCAGGCCAAUAUCAUGUCCGUACCCCUAGCAUCGACCCUAUCCUCUUCUCCCCGCCUCAGAACCUCCGCGAGCAAGAGGCGCUGGAGACACUCUUAUUCAUGAGCAGUCCAGGCAAUUCAUCUAAUCUAAAACACGCUUUCCCCUCGCCCCAGACUUCGCAGCCACACAAUGGCCCGCGAACCUCUCUGCCUACCUCUCGGCUUAGGCACAUGAACGAGGCGAAUAGCCAAGGGCGGAAAGCUUUGCCAACGGGGCGGCCACCAAUACAACCGAAGCGUGUAGAAUUUGAGAGACCACGUAACACACCCGGCGGCCCAGACAUGGAUGAGCCGCAUGGGUCUUCACAGGCACGAGCCAUGCCGCGGCGGCGAACGAUCAACGGUUCGAUCUCUUCUCGACCCUCGCUAUCGAUUCCCGUCGGCCUGGGGGGUCGGGCACGGACGAAGCCGCCGUUAGGAGACGACGAUGUGCAGCGGAUGAUCGACCGGGCGGCUGCGGCUGAUAGCUCGGACUCGGAAGAUGAAAUACAUCUCCCUCCGAGCAGUCAGCGAAAUCGGACAGGGGUUGGCGCGGGAUGAUUCUCGAGUACUAUUCACAUGCCCAUCUCUAAUGCUGAUGUAAUGACUUUUGGGGGUGAAAGGAGAAGCAAGUCCAA